GGACCCUGCGCGAGAGAAGUGCGGCGGUCGGACUAGAUUCAGCCAAGAUGUGCGAGCUCGUUCUGGCGUUUCUGACUAUAACGGGAUUAUUCCACGUGGCGUGGACGGUGGCACCCGUAGGGGCUGGCAAAGAGGUGUGUGAUGAUGGGGAGUUUCUGUGUGCCGAUGGGAAGGUGUGUGUGUCCGAGAGCUGGCUCUGUGAUGGCGAAGCAGACUGCCCGGAUGCCUCAGAUGAAUCAUUCUUUCAGUGCCCCCAGCGACAGGCUAAGGUGACCUGUCCCCCGAACCACAUACAGUGCGUUGGCACGCGCAGGUGUGUGCCGUUCUCCGGGCUGUGUGACGGCGUGGACGACUGCGAGGAUGGCUACGACGAAGGCGUCCACUGCCGAGAGCUAGUGCAAAGCUGUGUGGAGCGUCAGUGUGAGUUCGGCUGUGUGAUGCUGAGGACCGGAACAGCAUGUUACUGUGGAGACGGUCUGCUGCUGGAGGAGAAUGGGAGGACAUGCAGAGAUCGUGAUGAAUGUGGGGUUUAUGGGACAUGCAGUCAGACCUGCACGAACACGCUGGGCUCAUACAGAUGCGGUUGCACAGAUGGGUUCAGCCUCCAGGCCAACAGAAGGUCCUGCAAAGCCAGAACGGAUCCUGGGGAUCGGCCUCCAGUGCUGCUGAUGGCGAACCCGAACUCCGUAUUAGUGACCCACCUAAACGGCUCGUCCGUGCCGAACACGAAGGCCCUGGACACGCAUGGCACUGAGACUCUGGACUUCCUCCACCGGGACGAGACGGUCUGCUGGAUUUCAGCGACCAAACCCGCGGGCCAGCUAUGGUGCGCCAAGAUGGUCAAACUUAAAGGAAUCUCAGAGAAACGGCAGAUAAGGAUAAGUCAGAACCUGCAGAACGUGGAGCACAUGGCGAUAGACUGGCUCACGGGCAACUUCUACUUCGUGGACAGAGUGAGCGAUCGCGUCUUCGUCUGCAGCGAGAAGGCGGACGCAUGCGUGACGAUCGUAGAGCUGGACCUUCGGAACCCCAGAGGGAUAGCCCUGGACCCACUCAUGGGAGCGCUGUUCUUCACCGACUACGGCGACGUGGCCAAGCUGGAGCGUUGUGCCCUGGAUGGCUCGGAGCGGCGGCGUCUCGUCCAGGCUGGCACGGAGCAGCCCACGGCGCUGACCCUCGACCUCGUGCAGAAGCUUGUCUACUGGGCUGACGCCUACCUGGACUUCGUCGCCGUGGUGGACUACGAGGGCAGGAACCGGCACACGGUCGCCAGAGGGGACUCGGUGUCACACCUGUACGGAUUAGCGCUCUUUGAAGAUUACCUGUUCGCGACCUGCCUGGAGCCCUCCCGAGGCGGCAAGGUGGAGGUUCUGAGGAUAAACCGCUUCAACGGCAGUGACGCGCAUGCCGUACUCACACUGGAGGCUUCUAAAGGAGUGCGAGUCUAUCACAAGCUCUCGCAGCCCACAGUCCGAACGCACGCCUGCGACGCGGACCAGCACGGCAAGGCUGGCGGCUGCGCACACGUCUGUCUCCUAGGCAACAGCUACAAGUCCCGCGUGUGCCGCUGCCGCGCGGGACAUGUGCUCGCCAGCGAUGGAACGUCCUGCAAAAAGUUGAAGGAUGAGCUGUUUCUCUUCUACGGGAAAGGUCGCCCGGGGGUCAUCCGGGGUUUUGGGGCGAGCGGCGAACGGGGAGACGAGAACCUGUUCCAGGUGGAGGGUCUGGUGAGCCCGCGCGCCCUGGACUUUCACGCGCCCAGUGGCUCCGUUUACUUUGCCGACAGCACCAGCUUCUUGAUUGGCAGGGAAAGAGUAGAUGGAACGGGCCGGGAGACGCUACUUAAAGACGAUUUAGAUAACGUGGAGGGGCUGGCAGUGGAUUGGCUGGGUAACAACCUGUACUGGUCGAGCGAUGGCCACAGGAAGGCGAUCAGCGUGGCACAUCUGGAAGGGGCAGCGGAGAGCCGGAAGACUCUGAUACAGGGUGACAUGUCUCACCCCCGAGCCAUCGCCGUUGACCCCCCCGGCGGCUGGAUGUACUGGACAGACUGGGAGGAGGAUGAGGUGAACGACAGCAGGGGGAUAAUCGAGAAGGCUUGGAUGGACGGAUCCCACCGCGGGUCCUUCGUCUCCUCCAGCGUCCUCUGGCCCAACGGUCUGACCCUGGACCUGCCCGGCAACACCAUGUAUUGGUGCGACGCCUACUACGACCACAUCGAGAAGAUCCACCUCAACGGCACCGGCCGGACUGUGGUGUACGACGGGAAGGAGCUGAAUCAUCCGUUUGGGAUUUCACAGCACGGGAAUUACAUUUUCUGGACAGAUUACAUGAACGCCUCCAUUUUCCAGCUGGAUAUGCUUUCCGGCGAUGUCACACUUCUAAGACGGGAGAGCCCGCCCCUUUUCGGACUCCAGGUGUACAAUCCACAGAAACAGAAAGGUAGCAACGCGUGCUGGGUGCAGCACGGCAGCUGUGAUGGGUCCGCUCUUUGUCUGGCUGUGCCCGGGGGCCGUGUGUGUGCGUGUGCAGACAGUCAGCACCUGCUGAAAGACAACCUCACCUGCUCACCCUCAGCAGCAGUGUCCAGGCCUAAGCAGUGCGGUCCAGAGGAGUUCCAGUGCGGGAACCAGCGCUGCAUCCAGCUCUCAUGGCGCUGCGAUGGGGAUGAUGACUGUUCGGACGGCAGUGACGAAGAACCCCACCUCUGCUCGAACCGCAGUUGCCCCCAGGACCAGUUCCGGUGCCGGAGCAGCCGCUGCAUUCCUAAGAAGUGGCUAUGCGACGGAGCAGACGACUGCGGCAACAACGAGGACGAGUCCGACCUCACCUGCUCCGCUCAGACGUGCCAGGCCGGGCAAUUUUCCUGUCAAAACGGGCGGUGCAUCCCCGAGAACUGGCGCUGCGAUCGAGACGACGACUGUGGGGACCAGUCAGACGAGCCUUCCACGUGCGAUUUUCCUACGUGUGCUCCUCUCACCCAGUUCAGCUGCACCAACGGCAGGUGCAUCAACAGCAAAUGGCACUGUGACUCUGAAGAUGACUGUGGGGAUAGGAGUGAUGAGGUGGGUUGUAUUCAUGCGUGCUCAGUGGCCCAGUUCCAGUGCACCAGUGGGAAGUGUAUACCAGAACACUGGUUGUGUGAUGGAGACAACGACUGUGGAGACAUGAGUGAUGAGAACACCACCUGUACAGGAACAGCACUUGCCUCUGUUAGCGACUGUAGCGAGGAGGAGUUUCAUUGCCGUGGUGAUGGCACAUGCGUACCGGAGAGGUGGCGUUGUGAUGGCGAUAAGGACUGCGAGGAUGGGAGCGAUGAGACCACAUGUGAGGGCGUUCGAAGGGCAUGCGACCCCAAGGCAAAGUUCACCUGUCUGGGCUCAGGGAAGUGCAUCUCAAGGAGCUGGCUGUGUGACGGCGAUCAGGACUGUGAGGAUCUGUCUGACGAGGUUGGGUGUGAAAGUGUGGUGUGCCGAGCCCCCUACUUCCCCUGCGCAAAUGACUCGUCGGUGUGCCUGCACCCGGAACGCAUCUGCAACGGGCGGCGGGACUGCGCCGACCACUCUGAUGAGGGCCCCUUCUGUGAUGAAUGUGCCAUGGAGAAUGGUGGGUGUAGUCACGGCUGCGCGGUGGCUCCGGGGAGAGGGGUGGUGUGCUCGUGCCCUCCGGGCCUCCACCUCGGCUCGGACGGGCGGAGCUGCGAGGUGCAGGACUUCUGUUCCGCUCACUUGCGCUGCAGUCAGGUGUGUGAGCAGCAUAAGAGCACCGUCAAAUGCUCCUGCUACCCAGGCUGGAGACUGGAGCCAGAUGGAGACAGCUGCCAGAGCCUAGACCCGUUUGAGCCGUUCGUGGUGUUCUCCCUCCGGCACGAGAUCCGGCGCAUCGGUCUGCGCACGGGCGAGUACACCCUGCUGGUGCCGGCACUGCGGAACACCAUCGCGCUCGACUUCCACUUCCAGAAUAGGCUGCUGUACUGGACGGACGUGGUGGAGGACCAGAUCUACCGCGGGAAACUGGCCGACAGCGGAGGGGUCACGGGGAUCGAGGUGGUCGUGAAGCACGGCCUGGCCACCCCAGAGGGGCUGGCCGUGGACUGGAUAGCGGGGAAUCUGUAUUGGAUCGAUAGCAACCUGGACCAGAUCGAGGUGGCCAAGCUGAACGGUGACCUGCGCUCCACCCUCAUCGCUGGGGGCAUGGAACACCCCCGCGCCAUCGCCGUGGACCCUGGACAAGGAGCUCUGUUCUGGACCGACUGGGACGCCAUGAUCCCUCGCAUUGAGGGCGCGUCCAUGAGUGGCUCCUCCCGCCACCUGGUUUACAAGGACAUGGACGCAGGGGCGUGGCCCAAUGGACUCACCCUGGACCACGUGGAGAAACGGAUCAUAUGGACGGACGCCAGGUCCGACGCCAUUUACUCGGCUCUGUACGACGGCACUGGCAUGAUUGAGAUCCUGCGCGGGCAUGAGUUCCUGUCGCACCCCUUCGCUGUGUCGCUGUACGGGGGCAGCGUGUUCUGGACGGACUGGAGGACCAACACCCUGACCAAAGCCAGCAAGUGGACGGGCGCCAAUGUGACCAUCAUCCAGAAGACCGUCGCCCAGCCCUUCGACCUGGAGCUCAUCCACCCCAGCCGUCAGCCCCAGACCCCUAACCCAUGUGAAAGAAAUGACGGGCGAGGCCACUGUUCUCAUCUGUGUCUGAUCGACUACAACGGCGCCGCCUCCUGUUCUUGCCCUUACCUAAUGAAGCUCUCUGCAAACAAGCACACCUGCCAAGUUGUAAAGAGAUUCCUGCUGUAUGCUCGGAGGUCUGAGAUUCGAGGGGUGGACAUAGAGAACCCCUACCUGAACGUCAUCACGGCGUUAACAGUGCCCGACAUCGAUGAUGUCACAGCCAUGGACUAUGAUGCGAAGGACGAGCGCAUUUACUGGGCUGACGUCAAAACCCGGACAAUAAAGCGCACAUCAAUUAAUGGGACCAAGCUGGAGACAGUCAUGUCUGGAGAUCUGAUGACCGUGCGGGGGCUGGCUGUGGACUGGCUGUCCAGGAACUUGUACUGGAUGAGCUCCGAUGGCGACGACACUCAGAUCAGCGUUGCGCGUUUAGACGGCUCCCUGAGAACCACCGUCCUCCACGGGGUGGACAGACCCAAGUGCCUGGUUCUUCACCCAGCCAAAGGGAAGAUGUACUGGACGGACGGAAACACCAUAAACAUGGCCAACAUGGAUGGCACUAACCACAAGAUCCUACAUCAGAACCAGAAGGAACCCGUCGGCCUGUCCGUUGACUACCCUUCCAGCAAACUCUACUGGAUCAGCUCAGGGAAUGGCACCAUUAACAGAUGUAACCUGGAUGGGAGUGGCCUGGAAGCGAUCGACACUUUAAAGAAGGAGCUAAUGAAGGCAUCAGCGCUAGCUGUUAUGGGGAGCAGGCUGUGGUGGGCGGACGAUGUACUGGCGCAGGUGGGCACCGCGAGCAAGAGAGAUGGACAGAACAAGGCUGUUCUCAGGACCAAGACCCACGGGGUGGUGCAGCUCAGACUCUAUGACAAAGAUGGGCAGAAAGGUGAGAACCCGUGUGCAGUAAAUAACGGGGGUUGUUCCCAGCUCUGCCUGCCAACGUCGGAGAACAGCCACACCUGCACAUGCACGACAGGCUACCGACUCCGGCCGGACCGCGCCACGUGCCAAGGAGUGGGCUCUUUCCUGCUGUUCUCCACUCACGAGGGGAUCCGGGGCAUCGGGCUGGAUCCCGGCGAUGGCGGUGACGUGCUGACACCCAUGUUGGGCACCUCGCUGGCGGCCAGCUUGGACUACCACGCAGGGAACGACACCUUGUACUGGACGGAUUUGGGCUCCAACAAAAUCUCCCGCGCUGCCCGGGACCAGACCUGGAGGGAGGUUGUGGUGGGCGGCGGCGUAGGCGGGGCCGAUGGCCUGGCCGUGGAUUGGUUGGCUGGUAACCUAUAUUGGACGGACCACGGCUCGGACCUCAUUGAGGCGUCCCAGCUGGACGGCCGGCACCGGACCACGCUGAUCUCCGACGGGCUGGACCAGCCUCGGGCCGUUGCCGUUCACCCGCUCAAAGGGAUCCUCAUCUGGACAGAAUGGGGCCAGAACCCCAGAAUCAGCAGAUCCCGUCUGGACGGGUCGCGGCGGACGGUCCUGGUCAGCUCCGGAGUAGGCUGGCCCAGCAGCGUCUCCGUCGACUACCAGGAAGACACGUUCUACUGGUGUGACGCUCGCGCCGGAAAGUUGGAGCGCGCCAGCCUGGACGGCGGCGAGCGUCGGGAGGUGGUGCUGGCGUCCGCAGACCUGCUCUCCGUGGCCGUCUUCGGCCCUCACCUCUACUGGACUGACAGGGCCUACGCCAACGGCUCCAUCCGCCGUGCCCCAAAGAGCAACGCCACGCACGCCAGCACCAUCCGGAGCGGACUGGGCCUCAGCCUGCGGGAUGUGAAAGUGUUUAACCGGGCCCGGGAGAAAGGCACGAACCCGUGCGGCCGGGGCAACGGGGGCUGUGGGCAGCUCUGCUUCUACCUCGGCGAUGGCGUGAAGACCUGCUCCUGCGCUCACGGCUCCCUGGCGCCGGACGGCCACGCCUGCCUCCCCUACGGCGGCUACCUGCUCUUCUCCGAGCGGAGCGUCCUGCGCAGCGCCCACCUGGACCCCCGCGCCCGUCACGGCGCGCCCGUCCGCCCCUACGAGAACCCCGCCUACUUCAAGGACAUCGUCGCGCUGGCCUUCGACCACGGUCGGGGCGCCGGCGGCACCAACCGCAUCUUUCUCAGCGACGUGCAUUAUGGGAACAUCCAAGUGGUCCAUGACGACUGGACCGGCCACCGCGUGCUGGUCGGAGAUGUGGGAUCGGUGGAAGGCCUGGCAUACCACCGUGGCUGGGACACCCUGUACUGGACGAACCCCGCGAAGGCCACUAUCACGCGCCACACGCUGGACCAGUCCAGAGCUGCCGCCUUCCGCCGGCAGGCCGUAGUGCGCAUGGCUGAGGACGACCGCCCGCGCGCGCUUGCCCUGGACGAGUGCCAAAACCUCAUGUUUUGGACUAACUGGAACGAGAAGAGGCCGGGCGUCCUGAGAUCGACCCUCUCGGGGAGGAACGUCCGGCUGGUUGUUAGCGAGCGCGUCCUCGCCCCUAAUGGGCUGACCAUUGACCACCACGCCGAGAAGCUCUACUUCUCCGAUGACAGCCUAGGCUCUGUGGAGAGGUGUGAUUACGACGGCUCGCACCGAUACGUGAUUCUGAAGGGAAAGCUAGGAACGUUCUUCGGUCUGGUGGUUUACGGAGACUUCCUGUUCUGGUCGGACUGGGAGCGGAGGGCGGUCAUGCGUGCCGAUAAGCUAACCGGAGCAGACAUGACGGUUGUCAUAGGCGACCUCCUUCAGCAACCAAUGGGCAUUGCUGCUGUGGCCAACGAUACACACAGCUGUGAGUCGUCCCCCUGUCACGUGAAUAACGGAGGCUGCCACGACCUUUGCCUCCUGACCCCGAGCGGCACGGUGACCUGCGGAUGUCGAGGGGAACGGAUGUUACUGGAUGAUAACAGAUGUGUAUCUGCGAACUCAUCCUGCAGCCGUCGCUCGGACUUCGAGUGUACAAACGGAGAGUGCGUCGACUACCAGCUCACAUGCGACGGCAUCGCCCACUGCAGGGACAAGUCAGACGAGAAGAGGCAGUUCUGCGACAACCGCAGCUGCAGGGAAGGGUAUAAAUCCUGCUACAACCAGCGCUGCGUGAGCGGCAGCCGCUUCUGCGAUGGGAUGGACGAUUGCGGCGACGCGUCCGACGAGGCCUUCUGCAACAGUUCAUCGUGCUCCGUCUCGGAGCACCAGUGCGGGGACGGCUCGUGCGUUCCACAGACGGCCUGGUGCAACCAGAUCGUCGACUGCGCGGACGCUUCUGAUGAGAAGAACUGCAAUGACACGGACUGCGUGGAUUACCACCGGCUGGGGGUGCGCGUGAGCGGCGGCACCUUCGUCAAGUGCAACUCCACGUCUCUGUGCGUGCUCCCUCACUGGCUGUGUGACGGUGCCGACGAUUGCGGCGAUUACUCCGAUGAGACCCACUGCCGUGCCUCCGUAGGCCAGGCGUGUGCGGAGGGCCAUUUGGCGUGCCCCAACGGUGCCUGCAUCUCCACCCAGUGGCUGUGCGAUGGGCAGAGAGACUGCGAGGACGGAGCUGACGAGAUGGAGUGCGACUCGUCCUGCCUGUGGGACCAGUUCGCCUGCUCCGGGACCAGAUGCAUCACGCGGCACUGGGUGUGCGACGGGGAGGACGACUGCGGCGAUGGCACUGACGAAAACGAAGAUACGUGCGGUUCAGUGACAUGCGCUCCAGGUUUGUUCCACUGUGUGGGUUCCUACGCCUGCGUUUCAGGGCGAUGGCUGUGUGACGGCGAGAGAGAUUGUCCCGACGGCAGCGACGAACUCGAAGCAGCUGGCUGUGCUCUGAAUCACACCUGCUCGAGCGGGGCUUUCCAGUGUCAGAAUCAGAACUGUGUCCCUCAGCAGUUUGUGUGUGACCGUGAUGACGACUGUGGCGAUGGUACUGAUGAGUCUCCUGAAUGCGAAUACCGCCCAUGCGGAGAGGCGGAGUUUCAGUGCACAGACGGCCGGUGCCUACCCAGUGCCCAGUGGGAGUGCGAUGGCUUCCCCGACUGUCUCGACCAAUCGGAUGAGCUGCCGUUGAACCCGAAGUGUUCUGCCGCAGAAAGUUUGUGCAACGGGUCAGUCUUCAUGUGCGCCAAUGGACGCUGCAUACCCCUUGUGAGCGUGUGCAAUCUCCACGACGACUGUGGCGACCGCUCCGAUGAGAAGAACUGCAACGUCAACGAGUGCCUGAACAGACGCGUCAGCGGCUGCUCACAGGACUGCCAGGACUUGCCUGUAGGAUACAAGUGCACGUGCUGGCCGGGAUUCCGGCUGAAGGCAGACGGACGGACGUGCGUCGAUGUGGACGAGUGUACGGAAAGGUUCCCAUGCAGCCAGCAGUGUGUGAACACCUACGGCUCCUACAAGUGUGUGUGUGUAGACGGAUACCAGCGUCUGGACACAGACCCACACAGCUGCAGAGCUGCCUCGGCCGAAGAGCCGUUUCUGAUUCUCGCCGACCAUCACGAGAUCCGAAAGAUCAGUCUGGACGGAUCGAACUACACGCUGCUGAAACAGGGUCUCAGUAAUGUUCUCUCUCUAGACUUUGACUAUAGGAAGGAGCUGAUCUUUUGGAUUGACACCAGUAGACCCAGUGGACGCCGGAUAAACAGGAUGCGGCUCAAUGGGAGUGAUCUCAAGGUGGUCCACAGGGCAUCUGUGCCCAGCGCGCUGGCCGUGGACUGGAUCGGGAAGAACCUGUACUGGUGUGAUGGGGAGAGGAAGACCGUGGAGGUGGCGAAGGCCAAUGGCCUGUACCCGACUGUCCUCCUGAACUCCGGGCUGCGAAAGCCGUCUUCGCUGGCGCUGGACACGUUGACAGGGUACGCUUUCUGGAUCGACUGCUGUGAGCAUGCACACAUCGGCCGCAUGGGCAUGGACGGGAGCAGGCCCCGGGUCAUCGUGGACACGGCGGUGCAUGCGCCGUCGGCCCUCACCAUCGACUACAUCAGCCGGAGGAUCUACUGGGCGGACGAGAACCACGUGCUUUCCUCCGACAUGGACGGCUCCAGGAGACACAAAGUUCCUACCGAGGGCACGGGAGGGGUGACCAGCCUCGCCCUGUUUGAGGAUUUCCUGUACUGGAGCGACCAGAAGACCAAAACGCUGAGUCGCGCACACAAAACCUCCGGAGCCAGACGCUCGGAGCUCCUCAACUCCUGGCAGACCAUCCGCGACAUCAAAGUCUACCAUCCCCUCCGCCAGCCAGAUGUUCCGAAGCACCAGUGUCAGGUGACUAACGGAGGCUGCAGUCACCUGUGUCUGCUGUCUCCGGGCGGAGGCUACAGGUGUGCAUGCCCCACCCACUUUUAUCUGGCCAAUGACAACAAGACCUGCCUCUCUAAUUGCACUGCUAGCCAGUUUCGUUGCGGUACAGAUGAGUGUAUUCCUUUCUGGUGGAAAUGCGACACAGUGGAUGACUGUGGCGAUGGUUCAGACGAACCUGCAGACUGUCCGGAGUUCAAGUGCCAGCCGGGGAGGUUCCAGUGCGGCACGGGGCUGUGCGCACUGCCGCCUUUCAUCUGCGAUGGAGAGAACGACUGUGGAGACAACUCGGACGAAGCCAACUGCGACUCCUACAUCUGUUUGUCAGGCCAGUUUAAGUGCACACAGACUCACAAGUGCAUAGCGGUGAACCUGCGCUGUAACGGUCAGGACGACUGUGGGGACGGGGAGGAUGAGCAUGACUGUCCCGAAAAUACGUGCUCACCCUCCGAGUUCCAGUGCAAGACCACAAUGCAUUGCAUCUCCAAGCUGUGGGUGUGCGACGAGGACCCGGACUGCACGGAUGGCUCGGACGAGACCGACUGCGAUGAGAAGACGUGCGGUCCGCAUGAGUUCCGAUGUAAGAACAACAACUGCAUCCCCGAGCACUGGAGGUGCGACAGCCAGAGCGACUGUGGAGACAACUCCGACGAGGAGAACUGCAAGCCAGUGACGUGCACCUCGAAGGACUUCAUGUGCGCCAGCGGUGAGUGCAUCUCCGCCCGCUUCCGUUGUGACGGUGACCACGACUGCGCCGACAACUCAGACGAGAGAGGCUGUGAAAGCCAUUGUUCUGAGGGACAGUUCCAGUGUCAGAAUCACCUGUGCAUCUCUGCAAAGUGGCUGUGUGACGCACAGGAGGACUGUAAGAAUGGAGAAGAUGAGCUCAACUGCCAGCCAGCCAACACAGUCAUGACCGCUGGUCCAUCAUGCGGUGAGAGCGAGUAUGUGUGUGUAGGAGGAGGCUGUGUGUCGGCCAGUUUACGCUGUGAUGGGAAGAACGACUGUAUGGAUGGGUCUGAUGAGGUGGACUGUAUCCGUGACUGCAAGGAUGAGGAGUUUGUGUGUCGUAAUCGAGCACACUGCAUUCCCUCCCGAUGGCGCUGUGAUGGAGUCUUCGACUGCCUGGACCUCAGCGAUGAGGAGAACUGUGAAAAUGGCACCGUGGUGUGUCGCCCCGAUGAGUUUGUGUGCAAUAACACCCUCUGCAAACUGCUCCUCUGCCUGUGUGACGGAGAGGACGAUUGCGGCGACAACUCCGAUGAGGACGCAGAGAUGUGUGUAAAGAUGCUGUGUCCCCCCAGUAGACCUUUUCGCUGCAGGAAUGACAGAGUGUGUGUGCGGAUGGAGCAGGUGUGUAACGGAGGGAACGACUGUGGAGAUAACUCUGAUGAAGACAAUUGUGACGGGAGUGCCAGAGUGAGGCCGUGCUCUAAGUCUGAGUUCACCUGCCCUGGUGGCGGCUGCCUCCCCACCGAGCUGCAGUGCGACCUCUUCGACGACUGCGGAGACGGCGGCUCAGACGAGCGGGACUGCAAGCCGUGGGAUUGUGGAGGGCAAGCUAACCUGUGUGGGGACGACGCCUUCUGUAACCGCACGGCAGCCCAGUCUGUGUGUGAGUGUCGGGCAGGCUUCCAGAGAGACCGCAGGAGCAGGCAGUGUGAAGAGGUGGACGAGUGCUCGCUGUUCGGGACGUGCUCCCAGCACUGCAUCAACACCAAAGGCUCCUACAAAUGCGCCUGCGACGGGAAUUUUAAAGAGAUUGACGGCGAGUGCAUCACUAAAGGCCCGGAAGACCAGGUGCUGUACGUCGCCAACGAUACGGACAUCCACAGCUUUGUGUACCCGUUCAACCAGAGCCACGGGCACACCCAGGUCGCCCGGCUGGCGCCCAACGCCCGCGUGGUGGGCAUGGAUGCCCUCUUCCACCGGCACAAGUUUGUGUGGGCGACACAGUUCAACCCCGGGGGGGUGUUCUACCGGGAUCUCGGAGAGAGGAUGCCCAGCCGGGCCUCCAGUGGGGCCAUUUGCCCGGACUUCCGCCGGCCGCGGGACGUCUCGGCCGACUGGGUGACCGGGGCGCUCUACUGGACCGACCACUCCCGUAUGCACUGGUUCAGCUACUACACGGCCCACUGGAGGCGCCUACGCUACUCCGUCAACGUGGGCCAGCUCAGCGGCACCGCCUGCACUCGCCUCAUCACGGACCUCGCCGGAGAGCCCUUCGCCAUCGCCGUCAACCCUGCCCGAGGGAUGAUGUACUGGACAGUGAUUGGUGAGCGCUCCCACAUCGAGGAGGCAGCCAUGGAUGGCUCCCACCGCCGCGUGCUCCUCGAGAAGAACCUGCGCCGGCCCACAGGUCUGGCCAUCGAUUACUACGGCGGCCGCCUGUACUGGGCUGACUCGGAGCUCUCCGUCAUCGGCAGCCUGCGCCUCGACGGCUCGGACCCCCGGGCGUCUGCCACCGCGCAGCACGGCGUCUCUCGGCCGUUCCGCAUCGACGUGUUCGAGGACUACGUGUACGGCACGGGUAUGAGCGGUGCCGUGUUCCGCGUGCACAAGUACGGCAGACGGGGGUCGGAGGCGCUCCGUCUGCAGGUGGAGGGAGCCUCCAGCGUGCUGGUGUUCCACCGGUACAAGCAGCAAGAGGUGGUGAACCCCUGUCCCAAGCUGGGAUGCGAGUUCCUGUGCCUGUUGAACCCAAACGGGGCGAGGUGUGUGUGUCCUGAUGGCCAGUCUCUGAUCAACAGGACAUGUGUAGACACCAGCACCUCAGGCGAGCUGUGUACGCCAGCGUGUGAGAACGGAGGGCGGUGUGUGUUGAACGAGAGAGGGGAGGCUCGCUGUCUCUGCUGGCCAAACUACGCCGGCCAGCACUGUGAGCUCAGCCACUGCAAAGAACGCUGCGUCAACGGCGGCACCUGCACUGCAUCGCCACUAGGAAAGCCUGCAUGUCGCUGUGCUUUGGGCUUCACCGGGCCGCUGUGUGAGAGACGAGUGUGUGAUGGUUACUGCCUCAACAGUGGCACGUGCGACGUUACCCUCGGCAACCAACCCUUCUGCCACUGUCCUGCAGAGUACACUGGAGAGAGUUGCCGUUACCAUGUCUGCCACCAUUACUGUGUGAACUCCAAGGCCUGCACGCUCUCGAACUCCGGGGACGUGGAGUGCGUGUGUCCGACACGCUACGAGGGGCUGAGGUGUGAGGUGGACCGCUGUCUGCACUGCAGAGGGGCGCCAUGCAUCGUGGACAGCAACACUCGGGAUGUGUUCUGCAAUUGCACUAGCGGGAGAAUUGCGUCCAGCUGUCAGUUGUGUGAUGGUUAUUGCUAUAAUGGAGGCGUGUGCCACCUCGACUCAGAAACCUCCUUGCCCUUCUGCCAGUGCUCAGCAAAUUGGUCUGGCACACAGUGCGAGAGACCCGCCCCCAAGAGCAGCCGAUCUGACAAUGUCAGCGGAAGAAGCAUUGCCAUCAUUGUGCCCCUUGUCCUGCUGGUGAUGAUCGUAGCCACGGUGACGGUGGGCGUGCUCGUCUGCAAACGGCGCCAAAGGGGGAAGCACGUUCAGAGGCAGCCCAUGGCCAACGGUGGGAUCAACGUGGAGAUCGGGAACCCUUCCUACAACAUGUACGAGGUGGAACAUGACAGUCUCGUGGAUGUGGGCAGCUUUCUCCACCCUAGCUUCACCCUGGAUCCCCAGAAGGGCUGGUGCGUGAGGUCGAGUGACACGCGAAGCCUCCCUGCGCACACCCUGCCUGCUCCGAGAGUCCCCAGGGAGCUCAUUCCAGGACAGACCAUCAACUACCCCAGCCCCAUCUACGCGAAGAUGUACGCAGACAGCCAGCACUGUCGGACGCCCGUCAUCCGGCCGACCGAGAGAAGGGAGCUGUUCCCCAAUAGGCUGGAGGCAGUCAUCCGCGAAACAGCCGCCUAGACCCAGCUUGUACACAAAGCUCACUUAUUUUUUUCUAAAGACCUGUACAAAAUGUACAAAGGUGAAAUGAGACAAAUUUUUCUAUGUACAAUCAGGUUCUGAUGAUUGAACUUUAGUUUUGUUUGUUUCUUGUUAUGUCUGUGCCUCAUAUAAGCAUCUUGUUGACAACUUUGAACCCCCGAUUUAAUAAAUUUCUUUCUUUUUCGGUUGUUUCCAUUUGUUCUGUUCCCAUAUAAAUGCAGUCUAUUCUACACUAAGCUGCUCCACAUUACAUACAUGUAAAGACUGUUUAAAAGAGUUGAUGUAGGUUUUAUUUAAUGAUAUAUAUAUUACCAGCCAUGGUGGUAUUAUCGCCAUGCCAUAGAUAUUGUAUUUCCAAGUUGCCUCUAUCCAAAUGCUAGACAAAUAUCUGACAAAUAUUCACAUUUCACAGAUUUUAUUUUUGAUAUCAUUGAACGGUUCUGCUGAAGUGACGCCAAUGAUGUGGUGAGUUAUCUGACAUGCGAAAUACUUGGAAAUACUUGGUUAUAUUUGUGUGUUCUUUUGAACGAGCCAAACCAAAAAGGAAUCCAGGUCUAGGUGUUACAGCUUUACUCUUCACGACUAUUUGGUUUGUUUUUGUGUGUUUGUUUUUGUUUGUUUGCUUUUUCAUUGUAUACAAGUUUAAUUGCAUUACAGUAUCUAUACACAUCAGAUCUACAGCUUUUCCCAAACAGUGAUGGACACCUUUCGGCACACAUUCUCUGAUUUUAGGAACGUCUGGUGGAAAUUUGAUGCCUGAAUUUGAAAAAAAAAAAAAGAUCUAAUAUCCACUGCAGCAAGUUUAUGCACUUGGAGGUGUAAAAGUUUUAUAAUUUUAUAUUUGAUUUAUAUGUAUUAAGAGUAUUAAAUGUUGUACUUUUAUACAAAUUGUAGAGUUUGUUGGGUGCAUUGGUCCCACUUCACGUUUGGGUAGCAAUUAAAGUGAGUAAAUGAUGAAUGCUUAA